AUGGACGCCGACCCGUUGUACCACGUCAAGCAGCUUUUCCACCAGGCUCUAACGCCAGCCUGCAUCGAUGAGGCCUCGACGCAGCCCCUGACCCCGGGCUCGGAGGAGCCCGCUCUCCAGCGCGCAAUCUACGUUGCGCGGUCCUACCUCGCCCUUCGCCCGCCCCAGGUCGACGCGGCGCUCAACGUGCUUGCGCCGUUCACCUCGCUCGAGGUCCCGCCGACGCCGGCUCGUGCGGCCGAGGCGCUGGCGAAAUACAUCCAGACCGGGUCCGAGGACGUGGUCGAGAAUGUGCGCGACAUUGUGCUCGAGGUGGAGGGCGAGGAUAGCGUUGACGAGGGCCUCGUGCGUGCUCUGGCGGGAACCGUCUUCAUCCUGGCGGGGGAGAAGGAGGAGGCUGUCGCGACGCUGAACGACGGGGCGGGCCACGACGACCUUGAGUGUCUCGCGCUCCUGACCCAGCUUCUGCUGUCUUUGGACCGCCGGGACCUCGCGCAGUCCACUUUCGCCCACGCGAAGGCUAUUGGCAACGAUUCGGCACUCGUGCAGGCCAUCGAGGCGUGGAUCGGACUCAAGACCGGCGCCCGGCCCCUGCACCAGGCUUACUACUACUAUGAGGAGCUGUACCAGCUUCCUGGGGGACGGACGCCGGGCGUCCUCGCCGCGCAUGCCGCCGCGCACCUUCUCCUCGGACACGAGGACGAGGCCAAGGCCGACAUUGCCGACGCCCAGGGCCAGGACCCCAACAAUGAGGACGUGCUCGCCGUCGCGACGGCGCUGGGAGACAACGUCGCUGCUGCCAAGCUCGCGAACACGAAGCACCCGCUCGCCGCUGACCUGGCGUCCAAGAGCGCGCUCUUCGACGAGGCCGCUGCCAAGUUUGUCUCGGCCUCGGCGUAA